UCCUGCGCGGGAGGCCGUGCGGCCGGGGGGAAGAUGCCGGUGGCCGUGAUGGCGGAGAGCGCGUUCAGCUUCCGCAGGCUGCUGGAGCAGUGCGAGACGCAGGAGCUCGAGGCCCCUGGAGGGAUUGCGACGCCCCUGGUUUACGGCCAGCUUCUAGCCUUGUACUUGUUGCAUAAUGACAUGAAUAAUGCACGAUAUCUUUGGAAAAGAAUCCCUCCUGCUAUUAAGUCUGCAAAUGCUGAACUUGGUGCAGUCUGGUCAGUAGGACAAAGAAUCUGGCAGAGGGACUUCCCAGGAAUCUACACAACAAUCAGUGCCCACCAGUGGUCUGAGACUAUCCAGCCCAUCAUGGAAGCGCUUAGAGAUGCAACUAGGAGAAGAGCCUUUGGUCUGGUUUCUCAGGCAUAUACCUCAAUCGUUGCAGAUGAUUUUGCAGCCUUUGUUGGGCUUCCUGUAGAAGAAGCAGUGAAAGGUGUCUUGGAGCAGGGCUGGCAAGCGGACUCUUCAACCCGUAUGGUAAUGCCUAAAAAACCUGGUGCACUGGAAGCUUGCUUUAACAGAUUUAUUCCUUCUUCAGAACCUGCUCCAGUUCCUCCAAUUCCAAAUGAACAACAGUUGGCCAGAUUGACUGACUAUGUGGCUUUUCUUGAAAACUGAUUACCCUGCUCCUGUGUUCAGAACAACUUGGGAAUCCUGUGUACUGACGGAGUUCUAGAAAUCUAAGACUUAUUUUGUUUCUGUUAAAUGUUGCAGCAUCCCCUAUUGAAAUAUGUAAAAUAUACAGUGUAUUUUAUCUAGUUUGUUUUGCCAAAGCCAAGUUAGUAAUUGAAAAAAAUCCAUUGACUCCUGUAAUAUUUAUUUGGUAGGUACACAGCAGUAUUACAUGGUAAGUUUUUUUUAUUGACUUGUAGCCUAGAAAGGCAUGACUUUUUUCAAGUAUAUGAAAAAUGCAAAAGAGGAGCUUUGAAUAUUGAAGCAGGUUAACUGUGUUUGAGGGAUUUGUGCUGGUGGAUUGCUUGGUUCUAUUGCAAGUAACUGCAGUAUCACAGGUGAAUUGCAUCUUGAAUGCAAGUGCAAAGAGGGCAAGACUGUCUCACCUGUAUCUGUAGAAAGGAAACAGUGAUGUAACAACUUUAUAUAAGAAACCAGUUUGCAGUAACUUUUUGCAGGUUUGUUUUUUGGUAUUUUGAUAACUUUCUCGCUUGUUUUUCUGGAUUGUUAAAUCUUUCUUGUUUUGAUUGAAUUGAGAAAAUUCU